AUGACGAAUUUCGACGCGUAUAGAACCGCUGGACUAGGCAAAAGCUCUAUUGCAGAGCUGGCAAAGCACAACCCCGCCCAUAUCUACUUUGGCGGGCGCAAUUCAAACAACGCCUCCCGUGUCAUUGAGGAGAUUAAAACCAAAGUGCCGAAUGCUCAGCUGACGUUUAUCCCCUGUGACCUCGCUUCGUUUGCUUCAAUUGACGAGGCCGGCAAAUUGUUCGCUUCCAAAUCACAGCGACUAGACAUCCUGAUCUGCAAUGCUGGCAUCAUGGCUGUGCCUGCAGACGUGACUACAGAUGGCUACGAGAUUCAAUUCGGUACCAACCACCUCGGUCAUGCACUUCUUAUCAAGCAUUUGCUACCGACCAUGCUUAAGACCUCCGAGGCUUAUGGUGAUGCUCGAAUCGUGUCCGUCACCUCGAUGGGUUUCCGUGGAGCUUUAUCUCCCGGCAUUCGCUUCAAUGACCUCAAGUCCAAGCAAGACAUCCUUGUCGGUGGUCGCUGGAUCCGUUAUUUCCAAAGCAAACUUGCAAAUAUCCUCUAUGCGAGCGAGAUAGCCAGGCGUUGUCCCAGCAUCUCGGUUGCGGCUGUUCACCCAGGGGUAAUUAAAACGGAUCUCCUCAAUAGUCUUGGCUUGAUAGAGAGGACGCUGGUUGCAGUCAUCACUAUCGGAACGAUUGUGACGCUAGAGCAAGGGGUGCAGAAUCAGCUCUGGGCUGCUACGGUGGACAAGAAGGAUUUGCAGAGUGGAGCUUACUAUGAGCCGGUUGGCCGGCUUGGUAAGCCGAGCAAGUAUUCGCAAGACAAGCACUUGGCGAGUGAGCUUUGGGACUGGACUCAGAAGCAGUUGGAGGGCCACAACCUCUAA